AUGCCAUCAUAUUCUAAUAACUUCCUUAGAUUUCUAAAUAAAAUCACACCGGAUUCAUUUUACAGUUCAGCAAAAAGUAUCUUAAGUGUUAAUGUUGUUUCAUCAGAUAUUCUUGACAUCUUUGUAACUUUGAUUUUUCAGAAAGCCUCUAAUGAGCCGAAUUUCACUUAUCUUUAUUCUCAGCUUUGCGUAAUUCUUUGUGAGAAAUCGCGAAACUUUGAAACUGACAAUAUAUAUACUUCUUUUAAACUUCUGCUUCUCAAGCGUUGUGAAACUGAGUUCUUUAAACGUCAUAGUAUCGAUUUUAACAACCCCGUUCAACGUCAACGUAGUAUCGGAGCUAUUAGAUUCAUCGCUUACUUGGGUGUUGAUAAUGCCAUACCGCAUAGGAUUCUUCAUGACUGUGUCAGGACGCUUCUUCUCUGCAAAAGCACCACAAGUACAAAUCAGACGCCACCUAUAUCGACACCACAGGACUCGUCAGCGUAUCCGAAAGAAAACGAGGAAAUCUCGCUGGAUAUGGAGUGUCUCUGUGAAUUCAUGAAAAUUGCUGGUUCCCAUUUGGAUACACCGAAAGCGCGUAAUCUGAUGAACCAAUAUUUUGGUCGAAUGGUGCAGAUCGUUGAGCGUGCAUCGCCAGAACGUCUGUGUGAGAUUCGUAAUGGCGUGAAGGGGGUAAAAUUUGUUCCCCUGAGCACGCGCAUUCGCUACAUGAUCACAGAUGUGGUGGAUCUGCGAAAGAAUAACUGGAAACCGCUGUUUGACGGCCAGUUGAAUGAUUGUGGAUAUCCUUGGCAUGCAGAAGAUCUCAUACGGGAGUAUGAGGAGGCUCUCCUCACUUAUCCUCGUUCAUCUUCGGCCAUUCAUGUCGGGGGCAGUGGUGCUGAUGCUUUGGAUCAACGCUCCUUAGAAAGUGGAACAGCUAGUAGUAGCAUCAGUAGUGAUUGGACGACUCUCAAUCAAAUGGGUAAGGCACUGUGUUCACGUCGAGGAAAUAAGGAUAUUGAUCUCUUUGCCUCCUCUUCAAAUUCUAAUGAUGGCGGCGCAUCGAAUUUAUACUCUGCAAGUAAUCUCACUACAAGGGAUGGUAGUAAUGGCGGAAAUUGCGGAGCUUCUGUUUGGGGGAGAAGGAAUGCAGUAGGAGGAAUCCAGGAGAAACGAGGCUCUACUCCCCUCAUUCGAGCAAGAAAAAGUCCGACACCUGUAUCCAAAGUGGUUAGAUCUAAUAACAAUGCCGCGCUCUUUGAGCCUGGUUAUGUGCAUUCCACCAUGUUUCCUCUUCUCCAAAAGUCACAAGACCAUGUUCGGGGAAGCGGUGGGGCCACAUCUUCAUGCGCCUCUUCUGCAGCAGUGACCCCAGCCACAGCGAGUCCGGAUAUUGACGCCAUGAUUACUGGUAGAGCAGAUGUCCGACAGCUCUCUUCUUCCUCAUUGAGUAGUGGUGGUGGAGGUUUACCCCAUAACCAUGGAGGGGGAAUUUGGCGACCAUCACGCUUGUAUUCAAUGUACGGACCUUCCCAUCAACCGUCUCAGCCACCUGGUAUCAUCACGUAUGCUGAAAGGCCAGUUCAUGUGGAUGAGAAUAAGGAGGCUGCAAAGUCAAUCAUUGCAAUUCUCUCAAAGACUAAGAACAUCCAGGAGGCAACUGAUCAGUUGGCUGACAAGGAACUUCUUUCUAAAUUAAACAAGGAGGUUAUUUUGAAGUGUAUGCUUCUUCUCUGUGAUGUUUCUUCGAAGCCUAUAAGUACUGGUCUGGAUCUUAAUAGCAAACGUGCAGCUUGUCAAUUCACAUCACUUCUCCUUUUUGAGAGUAAGCAUCGAGAGUCCCUUACACCAUCUCUUGAGAAUUCUUGGUCUCUCAUGCUUCAGCGACUGUCUGCCACCUCGUCGAAAACAGCUCCUGCUUUUCUGGCUGCACGUCUCAUUUUGACCGGUCAACUCAGUCUAGCUAAAGUGGCUGAACCCCUGACCGCUGGUCGUCAUUAUCCACUCUACCUCCUCACACUUCAACAACUUGGCAAGAUGGCAGAUUCAAGUUCGGCACCUGGGGCUUUCUUGCUUGUAGAAGAGAACGACAGAGUGGCUGACGAUGGAGAAUUUAUCCCAGAGGGAGUCGAUUUUCUUGAGGGUUGCCAGGAGGAAAGGAGAAGGAAAUUGAUGAAGUUUUUGGGGAGUUGGGUGGUACUGGAAGAGAUGCUACCAGAGGGCAGUCAAUCUCCAACGCAGAUCCUUGAAAUCCUUGAAGAACGCGACAUCGAUUUCUUCGUCCCGCAUUUACGUCUUGUUGUCAGAACCCUCUGUCCUCUUCUUACCUUCGGCUACGACCUCCGUACUUUUGCCGACCAUCUUCCUACUCUUAAAGAUCACUUGAGUACUGAGUUAGUGCAUGCUUUAAUCGGAGCGGCCUACGAACGUGUCUGGUUGUCUAGUUCCAAGAUUGAAAUCUCUUGUGUCAGUGAAGAGGAAUUAGAGGAUAUUGAAGAGGCCGUGUGGCGGGAAAUGAUGGAAGAAGGAAAGUUGGGGAAAUGUGUUCCGGAUGAUAGGCAGCUAGAUGUACUUCACGCUCUUCAGGUCUUUUGGAAUGACAAGGGAAUGCCAAAAGGUUUUAUGUUGCGAUGUUUCCAGAAUCUCUAUCAUUUCAGUUUGGUGGAUAAACCAGUUUUCUUUGAAUGGCAAAAGGAGGAGAAUCAAACCUACCCCGUCAAAGGGAAGGCUCUUUUCGAGGUUAUGCGGUGGCUGAAGUGGCUUGAAACAGUCACAGAAAGCGAAGACAGUAGCGUUGACAGUGAUGACACUUCUGAAGAAACUAAUUCUCCUCAAGGCAAUCAUAUCGCAGGUUGUGAUCUCAAGAAGGAGCCCAAUGAAGCAGUAAGUGAGAAGACUAAAUCAUUCACACUAGCUUUGAAUCAUUUCGUCAAUGACGGUGGAGACAAUUUUAACGAAACGACGAAGACGACGUCUGAGAACUCAGAAUAA